GAACACAACAUGGCGGCCUGAGGGGGAGCGCCGGCGGCGGGGCCGGGGCGGGAGCGGCUGCUCGCCCGGCCGGCCCGGGACCUGCGGGACGGCGCGGGAUGCGCAGAUACCACUUGGUAAGAUAGGAGAGGGAGCAUUUUCUGAUGCCCUGCAGACACUGAAUCUUAGAAAUGGAAAGUGCUGUGCAUGUAAACACAUGAAGCAACAUUUUGAAAGGGUUCACGAGGCAGUAAUCCAGUCUGGCCUGGCACUCUCUUCACCCUGUGGCAGUUUUCUUGGAUCUAAUGAGCUGGACCAAAUUUCAAAAAUCCAUGACAUUAUAGGCACUCCUGCUAAAACAACCCUCAAGAAGUUCAAGCAGUGGAUCUUACACAGUGUGGCACAUACAGUGCUUCAAGGAUAUUUAUUUCAUAACAAGUUCUUUGCUGUUAAACCUCUGGAGACAAUUUACACUUCUCUGGCAGUUGGAUGAAUAGGCAAACUCGAGUUUUCCCACCUGCUUUAUAGCUAUAAUACAUCCAACUUUAAACUGCAAAUUGGCAAGUAUUAUUCCUACCCUCAUUCUUUCAGCUAAAAUUCCAUAUUGAGAUUAUUUGUGUUCAACUCACUUUUAGUUUUUUUUUUUAAUGUAGUAGGAAAAAAGUUUAUUAAGAGCUGUAUCUACAGUAGAACUCUUAAGUUCUUUCCAGGUAAGUUAUUAGUAUCCUAUUUAUUCCUAUAAGAUUUUUUUUCCACAUAGUAAAGAGUGUGGCACGGGCAGUUCAAAAUUCUAGAUGAUUGCCCAAAUAGUGAAGAAGAGGCUGAAAAAAGAAAACCCACACAACAUUCCUUGUGUGCUGCUGAACUAGGAUUUGUGGCAGGGACAACAUGGAUACAAGUAGCUGCUGUUGUUACCCUGAUGUUGGAUACUGCAGUUCUUUCCAUACUGGUUUUGUAUUUUUUUCAGCUGAAGGAAAAAAGUCUUUUAAAGUUACUGCAUAUUUUUUCAACCAUUUCAUUUUGACUCAGACUGUGUGAAGCACAUACAUAAAAGAAGUCUACAGAGAGAUAACUACACUAGUUUUCAGUGACAAGGUUUAUCUGUAUUUUAACAGUUAAACCCACUAUGUUAAUAAAACCAGACUUCUGAACGAUAA